AUGCCGUGCGACGAGGGCGCGCCCCGCUCAUUUUCCUCUAUCGCGUUCAGAGACGUUCUGCUCCCAGUCUUCUCCCACCCCCGCAUGCGCAGCCUGCGCGUGAAAUUCGUGAAGACUGACGCCGCGACCUUCACCGAUGCCAAUCUCGGCGCAAUCCUGGAGGCCUGGGACGACCUGCGGAUUCCCAUGGACUUCGUGCACGAUCCCGCCCUCCCCGCGGAGCCUCUGCCGGUGCCGGCUCACCCGCUGGCCGAACUGUCGAUCUUCGUCAGACGGUUCGACCCUUGCAUGCGCCCGGACCAGGUGACGCGGCUUGUCGACCGCCUCUUCCCCCGCCUGGUCUACGGAGCCCGCAUGGGGGGCCAGCCCUUUCUGGAGGAGACGCGGACCCGCUGGAAUAACAUGUGGCGAGAGAUGUGGCAGCUGCAGACGGAGCGGACGGGCGAGGUCUACGCGUCUGAGUACUGCACGGACGAUGAGGAGCUGAGCGACUGGUCCGAGCACUCAAGGGAUGAGGAGUGUUAUAAGGCUGCGAUCCCAGAGGCGAUGCGCUCCCUUGAGUUUCUGGUAGAAUGGACUGAAAGCCAAUUGACGGGCCCGCAAGGCAAGCGCGGAAGUCCCUUCGUCUUCAAGGGAACUCGUCGAGUAGCCUGA